AUGGCUGAUACGCACACCCUCACUUCCACAAAGCCCUUAACUUCGGGACGGCUUGGACGGCUUGAAACUCUUCUCCCUUCUGAAACUUGCCUGGUGUGGCUGCUGGGCUUGGCACUUCGCCUGGCACUGUCCUCCUGCCAGCGGGCAGACCUCACCGCCGCCAAGCACCCUAUGGUCACCACAGGCUAUGGGAAGCUUCGGGGCGUACGCAAGGAGCUGAACAAUGAGAUUCUGGGUCCGGUCGAGCAGUACUUGGGCGUCCCCUAUGCCACCCCGCCAGUAGGCGAGAGGCGCUUCCAGCCCCCGGAGGCACCAGGCUCCUGGCAGGAGAUCCGUAACGCUACCCAGUUUGCACCAGUGUGCCCACAGAACAUCCAAGGGGUGCUGCCAGAGAUCAUGCUUCCCGUAUGGUUCACCGACAACCUGGAUGCUGCCGCGGCUUAUGUACAGAACCAGAGCGAGGACUGCCUUUAUCUCAACGUCUACGUUCCCACAGAGGACGGUCCGCUCACAAAAAAACACGAUGAGUCUUCGAUGAACAGACCGAGGGACGAAGAUAUUAGAGAUCGUCGGAAGAAGCCUGUGAUGUUGUUUAUCCAUGGUGGUUCAUACAUGGAGGGAACAGGAAAUAUGUUUGAUGCAAGCAUUCUUGCUGCCUAUGGAAACGUGAUUGUCGUCACUAUGAACUACAGACUGGGCGUUCUGGGUUUUCUGAGCACUGGAAAUCAGUCUGCAAAGGGGAAUUAUGGGCUACUGGACCAGAUUCAGGCUCUGCGAUGGCUCAACGAGAACAUCGGACACUUCGGAGGAGACCCAGAGAGAAUCACCAUAUUUGGCUCUGGGGCUGGAGCCUCUUGCGUCAACCUUCUCAUCCUGUCCCAUCAUUCUGAAGGUUUGUUCCAGAGGGCCAUUGCUCAGAGUGGCUCCGCCAUAUCCAGCUGGUCAGUCAACUACCGGCCCCUGAUGUACACCAAGAUCCUGGCCAAGAAGGUGGGCUGCAGCUACAGCGACACUGCAGAUCUGGUGGACUGUCUGCGAAGGAAGAGCUUCAGGGAGCUGGUGGAUCAGGAUAUCCAACCUGCCCGCUACCACAUCGCAUUCGGACCGGUGGUGGAUGGAGAUGUGGUACCCGAUGACCCUGAGAUCCUCAUGCAGCAGGGGGAGUUCCUGAACUACGACAUCUUGUUGGGGGUGAACCAGGGUGAAGGGCUGAAAUUUGUAGAUGACAGUGAGGGUGAGGAUGGUAUUUCAGCCGCUUCCUUCGACUACACCAUAUCAAAUUUUGUGGACAACCUCUAUGGAUACCCAGAUGGUAAAGACAUACUGCGGGAGACUAUAAAGUUCAUGUACACAGAUUGGGCUGACCGCGACAACGGGGACAUGCGGCGUAAAACUCUACUUGCACUUUUUACCGACCACCAGUGGGUGGCGCCAGCAGUGGCUACAGCUAAGCUGCAUGCUGAGUUCCAGUCCCCUGUUUAUUUUUAUACCUUCCACCACCACUGCCAGACGGAGGCACGACCUGAGUGGGCAGACGCAGCACAUGGCGACGAGAUCCCGUAUGUGUUCGGUGUACCCAUGGUGGGAGCCACAGAUCUAUUUCCCUGCAACUUUUCCAAGAAUGAUGUCAUGCUCAGCGCUGUGGUGAUGACAUACUGGACCAACUUCGCCAAGACAGGUGAUCCGAACAUUCCAGUACCGCAGGAUACCAAGUUCAUCCAUACUAAGCCCAAUCGCUUCGAGGAAGUUAUCUGGACCAAAUUCAGCUCUAAAGACAAGCAGUACCUCCACAUCGGGUUGAAGCCUCGCAUCCGGGAUAAUUACCGUGCCAACAAAGUUGCCUUCUGGCUUGAGCUGGUUCCUCACCUCCACACCCUUCAUGUGGAGAUCAUCAGCUCCAUAACCACGCGACUGCCCCCUGGCAGCCCGCACCGGCCCGGCUGGAAGGGAACAGCCCAGAGCCCUGGCACACGCUCUACUCGCCACCCCACGGUCUCAACCUACCCACCCGACCCGGACCUCGAAGGUUCUGAACACCCUCCUGAACGCUUCCCAUUCCCGAGUGACACAAGGGACUAUUCGACGGAGCUGAGCGUGACAGUAGCAGUGGGCGCGUCGCUGCUCUUCCUCAACGUGCUAGCGUUUGCCGCGUUGUACUAUAAACGCGACAAACGGCACGAGCUGCUGCAACGCCGCCAUCGACGCCUCUCGCCUCAACGUGGGGCAGGGCCGGGCCUCGGCAUUGUGGGGGCUCCGCCCCAUAACGACCUGGCAUUGAGCCAGGAGGAGGAGCUAAUGUCCUUGCAGAUGAAGCAGCAGAGGGUGGAGCUCGACCACGGCACGCCUCUACCACCGCGUGGUCUACAUGGCGACUUGGAACCUCUAAGACCACCCGUGUGCCCGCCGGACUACACUCUGGCACUACGGCGGGCACCUGAGGACGUGCCACUUAUGACGGCUAACGCGCUUUCCAUGAUCCCCAGCACCAUCACUGGCAUGCAGCCCCUCCAUGCCUUCAACACUUACCCCCCUGCACCUGCACCUGCACCGAGUGCUGGGCAUAGCAACAACGCCCUGCCCCACCAGCACUCCACCACACGAGUAUAGUAACCCCUCUGAGGGGACCAGGCCCCCCAAACGCAUAGGAACACAGACCUCCGGUACUAAGAGUGGUGCUCUACACGGAUACUGUCCAACACACCGCUCCUGUCCUUUUUAAGUCCACUCCCAGCACACUGUCUUUCUCUCUCAUUCUUUCUUGUUUUACUCUUCCUGCUCCUCUCGUUCUUGGAGAAGAUUUUGGGUGGAGAAAUGUUGGCCAUUUUCCCUACUCAAUACAGCAGCUAUCCCCUACCAUUUUAUUUUUUUCUCCUGUUUUUUCCCCCUCAAGUUUCAUUGCCACCUUUCCCUUAUUUUUCUUUUCUUCUCCCCGAGUCUUUUGCUCUGCUGUAGCCGUUUCUAGUCCCCAAAAAAGAACAGUUUUUCCUACUUCGGACUGUUUUAUAAAUCAAGAAAACAUACGUGUAAAAAAUGUAUUAUUGAUAACCUUAUAAGGCUAUGAAUGAAAAAAAGAUUCUACUAUCUAAUUUUUACCAGCAUUCUUGUGCCAAGUACUGUGAUCAUCGUCCAAUCAGACGCAGUCUAGUGGACGGACGUGGAGAGAAUCACCUGAACUGGAUUUAUUCAAGGAAUUUGCAGAAUUGAGAAAAAAAGUGCCAAAUUUGUUUUUCUU